UUGGAGUUCUCCAGCCUAGCUCUCCUGUCGACCUGUAAUAGCCGAAGCUAAUGGAGUUCUAUUUCUUCGAGAUAUCGUUGGCGAUUGUUGCGGUAAUUGUGACAUGGAUGGGUUGCAAGGCCAUUAAGGGGAUAUGGACUCAAGUAAAGCGUCGGAUAAGUUACAUGGUCGGAAAGUCGCAGGAUAAUCAAGGAGUGGUUAACUUGAAUGCCUCUGAAUCUCUUGCUUCAUCAUCAGAACCUUGUCACUGGAAGUAUGAUGUGUUUUUGAGUUUCAGGGGUCCUGACACUCGCAAGGGGAUUACAUUCGACAUAUACGAUCGACUUAAUACGAGAGGAAUUAAAACAUUCAUGGAUGAUAGAGAUCUUGAAGUAGGGGAUGCUAUUUCUCCCACUCUCAUAGCAGCAAUCAAAGAGUCAAGGUUUGCAAUUGUUGUUCUCUCCCAAAAUUAUGCUUCUUCUACUUGGUGUUUGGAGGAACUUAGAGAGAUUUGUCUGUCCAUGGAAGACAACAGAAUUUUACCACUUUUUUAUCAUGUCGAUCCUACUGAUGUUCGAUAUCAGAAGAAGGGAAGUUUCAAAGAAGCUUUCUCUAAGCAUGUAAAAUCUGGGAGAUACACAUCAGAGAAGGUGAAGGAGUGGAGAGCUGCUUUAUACAAAGUUGCCAAUAUCUCUGGGUGGAGUACAACUGAUCAUAAGACUGAGAGAGGACUUGUCGAAGCCAUUGUGGAUCUUCUCAGCAGUAAAGUAGUACCCGAUGCAAUCGAGUCCACAGGAGAUUUCCAAGCAUUUGAAGCAACAAGACAAGCCAUGAAUGAGGUUAUGAAGGCACUAAUAGAUGACAAGGUCACUUGCGUUGGUGUCCACGGCAUGGGAGGCGUUGGGAAGACAACUAUGGUGAAACAUGUAGCCGCACAAACCUGUAAAAAUGGUUCUUUUAACCAUUGGAUUAUGGCAACCAUAUCCCAAAACAAUGACUUGAUAAAAAUUCAAGACACAUUGGCAGAGCUGCUGGGCUUCACGUUACAAGAGAAGACAGAAGACGGAAGAGCCACUAGGUUGCAUAAGGAGAUAUUGAGAAGAGAAAAACUCCUUAUAAUCAUGGACGAUGUUUGGGCGAGAACAGACUUGUCAAGGAUAGGGAUUCCCAGCUACAAGGAGCUUCAAAAGUGCAAGUCUAAAGUGCUACUCACUACAAGGAGAUUGAAUGUAUGUCAUGCCAUGAAGUGCCAAGAAAAGAUCAGCCUCAACAUUCUUUCAGAAGAAGAUUCUUUGACCUUGUUUCUAAGAAAUGCUAGAAUAAUGUCUUUUGAGUCCCCCACAUUUGAGAAAGUGGUGAAGAGGGUAGCUGCAGAAUGUAAGGGUCUACCGAUUGCUUUGAUAGCAGUUGCAAGGGCACUCGGAGAUAAGGACCCGGUGGAAUGGGAGAAAGCAGCACAACGACUAGAGAAGUCGCAAAGUGCCAAUCCUGACCAUGAGGAAGAUGCAUUUGAAUGUAUAAAAUUAAGCUAUGACUACUUGAAAGAUGAGGAGUACAAGUCAUUCUUCUUACUCUGUUCUUUAUUCCCAGAAGAUGAUGUUAUCAAUAUAGAAGACUUGUUUAGGUAUGCAAUCGGUAUAGGAUUGUUUCGAGAUGCCGAGACAAUAAAUGAAGCCAGAGGAACAGCAUAUACAGUGGUCGAGCACUUGAAAGAUUCUAGCUUGCUUUUGGAAAGUGAUUAUGUUACACGUGUAAGGAUGCAUGAUGUCGUCCGAGAUACAGCCCUGAAUAUUGCAAAAUCUGAAGGUGGUCAUCGGUUUUUGGUAAAAGCUGGAUGUGGUUUAGAUGAUUGGCCCCCAAUAAGUCGAUUAGACGAAGGCUGCACUGCUAUUUCACUAAUGAGUAAUCGUAUGCGGAAGCUACCCCCACAGUUGGUAUGUCCAAAACUCCAGAUUUUGUUAUUGAACCAAAAUUACGGUCUAGAUGAGAUCCCAGAAACCUUUUUUCAAACUCUGAAUGAAUUAAGGGUGUUAGAUCUUAGCCGGACUGGUAUUUCAUAUCUACCCCAAUCAUUCGGUCUCCUAACCAACCUUCGAGCUCUUUAUUUAUUUGAUUGUGAAAAACUAAGGGAUAUUUCUGUGGUUGGAAAAAUUAUGACGCUUGAGGUUCUUAGUGUGAAAGGCGCUAAUUUCAUGGAAUUAUCGAGAGAUAUAGGAAAUUUGACCAAUCUGAGGGUGUUGGAUUUCACUAACGGAUGGAUUUUUGAGAUUCCAUCCAAACUGUUAUCAAAGUUGCAUAGUCUGGAAGAACUCUACCUGCGAUAUCGAUUUGGGGCCGACUUUGAUGAGGUAACUGGCUUGUCAAAAUUAAGAAUUCUGCAUGUUUGCAUCUCCAAUGAAGAAUGUAUUCCCAAACUUGUUGAGCGCAAUCCGAAUUGGGUCGGGUUUUUGAUAUGGAUUGGCGAAUAUGAUGCAGGGCUAUUAGAGUCUUCUCAACAUCCUGAUAUUGAUCAGAGGACCAUAUGCUUGGAACUUGACUCGAUCGGUAACUUCCCGGACUGGUUUUACAACACGGUGAUAGACAAAGCAGAGAAGCUAUUAUGGACUGAGUGCCCACGUACUGGUUUAAUCGACGUUUUUGUGGAAUAUGAGAGGGGAAGGUUACAUAGUCUGAAGCAGCUCACUGUAUAUGGUGCGGAGGACGAGGACGAGGACGACCUGAUGAACACAUCAACAUGGGUUCCAAAAGGUAUUCCCAAGAAAAAAACAUGGGUUCCAAAAGAACCUCUGUUCGAGAACUUGGAAGAGUUACAUCUGCUUUGGCUGGAUUGCGCGGAGUUAUGUGCUGUUGAAUUUCUACAACCUGGGUCUCUAUGCAAUUUGAAGUUAUUGGAGGUAUGUUCUUGUUACAACUGGGGGAAUGUGCUUUUACCAUCAACAUUGUUAGAGAGACUACCAAAUUUGGAACAAUUAAAGUGUGAGGGCAUGGACGAGAUUGAAUAUGUGUUUGGGUAUGAAGCGUUACUGGAGGCAGAACAAUCAAAAUUGAGAAAGAAAGUGUUGUCUGAUCUAGAGACUGUAAGAAGCCUAUGUGAGGGACCUGCUCCACCUGCAAUGUUUCAGAAUCUUCAAACUUUGUCCAUUAAGAGUUGCAACUUGCAGGGAAGUCUCUUCACCUAUGAUGUUGCUCAGUGUCUUUCUCAGUUGAAUUUCUUAGAAUUACAUGAAUGCCCCUUGUUGGAAAGGAUAGUUGAAGCAAGCAACAAAAAGAUCAUCCUUCCAAAAUUGAAGCAUUUAAUAUUGUAUCGACUUCCAGUGCUGUACUAUGAAAGUGCUACUUUUGAUAUCGAGUGUCCUUCAUUGGAAGAAUUGAAAUUGUGGGGCUGCCCCAAGUUUUCAAUUGACAGAGAACUUCUCGACUCCAUUGUGUGCAGUAAAGUACAACCUAUUAAAAUCAACACUAGAGAUUUUGAAGCAUCGAAAGCACCAAUUAUUGAAGCUGAGCCUACAAUAUCGGAAUCAAAUGAAGAAUUUGAAGUACUUAAAGUAAGAAGACGAGCUACUAAUGUGACUGAGUAUUUUGAACCAGUUGGAGAAACAACACAAACCACUAAUGGAAACUAUUAUUCAUUAUGGUCUUUGGACGAACUUGCAGUGAUAUGUGAGUGCAUGAAUACCCAUGACAGAAUUCUUCCAGUUUUUGAUCAAGUCGAGCCUACUGAUGUGAAAGAUCAGAUGCGAAGGUUUGAAGCAGCUUUCACAAACAAGGGAUUUAGUCUCUCUGUCCAAGGGAUUGUAGGAUCUGUGAACUACCGCAUCUCCCGAAAAUCAACACGGUAUAUUGAUGCAUGCAUUGCCGAUGCUAUUGUGGAAUCUGUGUGCACUAAACUACAACCUGUUGUGGAACUUAUGGAUAUCUACAUGGGAGAUUUGGACUUAUUUGAAGCAACACAAGCCACUGUUGAACUUGAGCCUACGAUUUCGGAGUCGAAUGAAAAGGUUGAGGUAGAUAAUAAAGUAACAAGACAAGCCACUAUUGAAAUUGAGCCUACAAUGCCAAAGCAGCUGAACCAACACCACCAGCCACCAAUGGAAACUGUUGAUGGAUGUGAAGCAAGGCACGAACAAGGAAGGCAAGACUCUGCUCUACUGGUGUUUAAGUACAUGGAGACUGAUUACUUUGAUGUACCAACUAUGCAAAGGUGUGGCAAAGGCCAUGGUCAUGAAAUCUUACAUAGGCUUGACUUCUGUGUCAGUAGAGAACAAACCAUUGAGAAGGGUGUUAAGAUGUACAUUCAAACCAGAAUGGCUCAGUAUGCAGAAGAGCUAUGGGAAUUACUUCAAAAAGGAUAA